GGUGACGUUGAGUUGGAAUUGGGGUUUUAUGACGAGCUCAAAGAGGCAUGCAUAACAGCUGAGAACCUGAUGAAGAGAGCUCUAAAUGAAUCUUCCAGGCGUCAAAAGGCAGAUGAAGAAGUGGUUUCAGCUAUUCAGAAGGCAAAGGAGUACCAGGAGUUGUACUUGGAAGAGGUGAAAAGGCGCAAAAGGACUUGAAGGAGCUCUUGCAAGAGCAAAUCGAGGAAUCGCACAGUUAAGACAAGCAAACCACGUGCCUGAGAAUCAGCAAAACACAGCCACGGACGAACUCCAAGAGGCAAUGGCAGAUAAAUUGAUCUUGGGUCAGCGCAUCGUCGACAUGGACAUCGGCUUAGGAUUAGGAACAGCAGGACAACCAAUUGAGCCACUGGAGGAGUAUGUCCUGACAAAGAUUGAUCUUUACAAUGGUGCCAGAAGAGAAUUGCUCAACCAAAGCAAGCUGACUGCAUUUUCGCCGUUGUCAGUCAUUCAGUCACCUUUAGAUGAAGACUGCAUCGCUUCCUACUUCCUCUGCCCCAUCCUUCAGGAGCCCAUGAGGGACCCUCGCGUGGCAGCAGACGGGUUCACGUACGAAGCCGACGCCAUCAGAGGCUGGCUCGACGGUGGGCGCGCGGUGUCCCCCGUGGCCGGCCAGCCGCUCGCGCACCGCGAGCUGCUCCCAAAUUUCGCGCUUCGUGCCGUGAUCCAAGGCAACAUGACAAGGCGGCAGCAGGAUGGAUUCUCAUGAUGCUGUUGCACUUCGAUUUUUUCCCUCUCCGGUGAAAUGCUCUUCUCAGGUUCAGUUUCCGCCGCCACUCUUUUGCAGGCUUGUACAGUCUACGUGUAGAUUGUAGAAGGCGAGAUUUCCGAGCAUGGAUUGCUCCUCCCGUGCUCUGAUGCAUUGCUAAAAAUGAUUUUGGUUUCAGUUAGAAAACGCAAAUUCUUAUAUGCUCACCUGUCCAGUGUUGCCUUUCUCUUUGCCUGUGCUCGCAAGGUGAUCUGAAAUGCAUGCAAGGUUAACGCCACCUCGUACUCAAUCCCAUUGACCAAUUUUGAAAGGCAUCGGAAUCAGAAACCCCUAACAGACUAGAGAAGCACAGAGAGGAGACACUCGUGUCGACCACAUGCUUCAAGACUUCGUUCUCUUCACUGAAGCGCGGGGCCAUUGCUAGCUUCGAGCGUGGCAAGUGUGCACUUCCAUAGAGAUUGGGUAGCACAAACCCAUGAGCUUUCUUUAUCCUCCUCUAGCUUUUGCCAGUCGCCACUCUUUUUUCUUUUUCUAUUCUGUUACUCGCGCGAUUUGCUUUGGCGCAAACAACUUACAGGUUGCGUAUCUGCACAAUCAUAUUGUACUAUGCACUGAUAUUCACUAAAUACCUAAGCUGAUGAAAAAAGUCGGAUGAUUUGCUUAUA